CUUGGGUGGGUGGUGGAGAGGAGCUCUUUGCAACCCCCCUCCCCCUACUGCCAGGUAGCAUGGACAGAGGUCUCUGUGGCUGAUUCCUCCUUUGCUCUCAGCCUCUAUUGGGGGGGGGGAGUCAAGACCUUAAAACUCUCAGGUUGAAAACGAGAGGCUUGUCUCUUGGGGUUUCUUACGAUCAGUGCAAUGCCCAGUUUUCACCGGGAUGGAGACAAAAGAGGCCUCCGCAGAGCGGCCCCCAGGAGAGCGAAUCACCUCUGCUUCUCGCCUGGCACGCAAGUGCCCACUUUCACCCUUCCGCCCCAGCAGCACGCUAUGAGCAGAGGUGUCUUUCAAGGCAGAGGUUCUGAUCACGCCGUCCCAAAACCUAACAACUUCCCUAACCCAGCUUUCUUCCACGGUCCUCUUGUCCCGCAGGCAGAAGGUUUUGACCAUUACCGACAGCAACAAGUCCUCUUCCUGAAGGGGCAGGUGGACAAAGUGCCACUGUGGCAAUCCCAGACACAGAGCCCCCAGGUUUAUCAGGGCUACCGCCCAGGCCCCAAACCCUCCAGCCCGCCUGCUCCCUCCAGCUUCUCAUACAACUGUCGGAGUGCCACCAGAAGGCCUCCUUGGAACAGCUGGCAGCAACCCACCCAGCAUUUCCAACCUCCGCCAAGGCACAGCAACAGAAAGCGAAAGGACGAGCUAGAUGGAUUCGUGUCUCAGUUCCAGGAGCUGACUCUCGCUGGCUCAGAGGUUGAGCAAAGACUGUUAGAGAUUUUAAGACAGCUUGGGCCCGGAGGCACCGAAACCGCUCGCAAACUCGCCUGGCAACUCCAAAUCCAAAAGAAGGAGGUCAACCAUCAUCUCUACAGGCUUCUCGAUCGAGGAACAUUGUGCAAAACAGUGGGGACCCCUCCGCUGUGGAGAUUGGCGGACAGUCCAAAGCCUCAGGGAGCAGCUGGAGAAGGCUCUUGCGCCAGCCAGGGGUACCCUUGGAGACCUCCGGCAGCCGGAUCCAGAGAACAGAGCUCUACUAUCCAUUCAGAAGACGAUUCUGAUCUUUUCAACAUGGCUGAAGUCAAGGAGAAGAUUUGCAACUAUCUGUUCAGCGUCCAAGACUCCACGGCCCUCAACCUUGCCAAAAACAUUGGCUUCUCCAAGGCCAGGGAUGUGAACUCUACCCUCUUUGCCAUGGAGAAGAUGGGCGAUGUGUGCAAGGAGAACACGGCGCCUCCUAAGUGGUCCCUCACCGACAACAAACGCAAGCGCAUGCAGCUCAAGCAGAAGAGUGGCGAAGUCAAAGAAGCAGCCCCCCUCGUUCCGGAUCCAGACCUGGAGGCCCCAGCUCCUCUCAUAAAGCAAGAGCUGCCCGCAGAGGUGCCAACUCCUCCUCUUCCUUCUCCUCCUCCUCCUCCUCCUCCUCCUCCUCCUCCACAGCUGGAGGACAACGAGGAGAAAGUUGAGAACGGGCAGCAGGUGUCCGAGCCGCCCGAGCCGGUGGAGCCGCAGGGCGAUGGUUCUACUUCUCGGAUUGGCCCCCCUCGCAGCAAGAGACCCAGGUACCAGUGGUUUCAGGGUUACGGUGACAACUCUGAGAACGGCAGGUGGGCCACAGACGACAUUCCGGAGGACCUGAAUGCCAUCAGCAACCAGGACAAGUCGCGGUGCAUCAUGGAGUCCCCCCUGUCCCCUAGUUACGCGGCUCAGUUUGACACGGCUUUCCUCUCCACCCCUUUGGAAAAGCUAACAGCCUGUCAGAAGAAGAACCCCGUGAGUGGUUUGAUUGAAUAUACCCAGUACACAUACCAGCAUUGCGAGUUUGUCCUGCUGAAGCAGAGCGGGCCAUCCCAUGAGCCACGGUUUAAGUUCCAGGCCGUGAUUGACGGCCGACGGUUCCCGCCAGCAGAAGCAGGCAGCAAAAAGCUGGCAAAGCAGGAAGCUGCUGCAAACGCCAUGAAGAUCCUCCUGCAUGAAGCUGAGCACGAGGGGGAAGACGGCCUGGAGUUGCACAAGCCCUUCUAUGAGGAGAGCUCCCUCGACGAAGCCGAGGAGGCUGAGGAAGUGGAGCCGGAGCCUUCCGCCACGCCACAGCAAAACCAGCUCUCUGGAAAGAACCCGGUCAGCGCGUUGAUGGAAUACGCCCAGAAGUCGGGGAGUGCCUGUGAAUUCCAGCUGCUCUCUCAGGAGGGUCCCCCCCAUGACCCCAAAUUCAAAUACUGCGUGAAGGUGGGCGACUGUGUUUUCCCUGCCGUGGUGUCCAACAGCAAGAAGGGCGCGAAGCAGAUGGCGGCUGAGGUUGCCAUGAAAGGUCUCUCGGGGGACACCAGCGGCUCAUUGGAACAGGUAGAGGCCCAGGGUGAUCCGCCAUCGGAAGUCUUAAGUGGCCAGACUCUGAAUUUGGAUGAGGCGAAGGCUGCGAGCGCAAAGGGCGUCGGAGAGCUGAUCAAGUACCUGAAUUCCAACCCAGUCAGUGGCUUGUUGGAAUAUGCCCGGGCCAACGGUUUUGCCGCUGAAUUCAAGCUGAUCAAACAGACCGGGCCGCCCCAUGAUCCUAAGUUCAUCUUCCAAGCCAAAGUGGGCGGCCGCUGGUUCCCAGCCGUCACGGCACACAGCAAGAAGCAGGGCAAGCAGGAGGCAGCUGACGCCGCGCUCCGGGUUCUGAUUGGGGAGACGGAGAAAGCCGAACACCUUGAAGGGAUGACUAUCGCAGAGCUCCCCGUCAGCGGAAGCACCCUGCACGACCAGAUCGCCAUGCUGAGCCACCAGCGUUUCAACACGCUCACGGCUCGCAUCCAGCACAGCCUGCUUGGGCGCAAGAUCCUGGCCGCCAUCAUCAUGCGGAAAGGGCAGGAGGGUCUGGGCGUCGUGGUCAGCAUCGGGACAGGCAAUCGCUGUGUGAAAGGGGAGGAGCUGAGCCUGAAGGGGGAGACGGUGAACGAUUGUCACGCAGAGAUCAUUUCCAGAAGGGGCUUCAUACGGUUUCUAUACAGUGAGCUCAUGAAGUAUGACCCCUCUGCCCCCGAAGACAGCAUCUUUGAGCCAGCAGAAGACGACAAGCUGAAGAUCAAAGCUGACAUCACCUUCCACCUCUAUAUCAGCACGGCGCCUUGUGGGGAUGGGGCCCUCUUCGACAAGUCUUGCACUGACCAGGCGAACACAGAGGGGGACGGCCCUCAUCAGCCCCUGUUUGAAAACCCCAAGCAGGGGAAAUUGCGCACCAAGGUGGAAAACGGCGAAGGCACCAUCCCAGUGGAAUCCAGCGAUAUCGUGCCAACGUGGGACGGGAUCCAGCACGGCGAGCGCCUCCGCACCAUGUCCUGCAGCGACAAAAUCCUUCGCUGGAACGUGCUGGGCCUGCAGGGGGCGCUGCUCUCGCACUUCAUGCAGCCGGUCUAUCUCCGCUCUGUCACACUCGGCUACCUGUACAGCCAAGGUCACCUGACGCGCGCCAUCUGCUGCCGCAUGUCGAGAGAUGGCAGCACGUUCCAGGCAGGACUCCCGGAGCCGUAUAUUGUCAACCACCCAGAGGUUGGCCGAGUCAGCGUCUACGACUCCGCGAGGCAGACGGGGAAAACGAAGGAGUCCAGCGUCAACUGGAGCCUGCCUGAUGACACCGACGUAGAAGUCCUAGAUGGUACAAAAGGCAAAGUAGAUGGACCAAAACUGGAUGUCUCCCGGGUCUCCAAGAGGAACCUCUUCGUGCUGUUCCAGGAGCUGUGUGCCAAGAUGGAUCGCAAGGCCCUGCAGAACUUGACGGUGUACUCGGAGGCCAAGGACGCGGCGUUCACAUACCAGGGUGCCAAGCGGAGCUUCUUCUGGGCGUUGCAGGAGAUGGGCUACGGCAGCUGGAUCUGUAAACCGCAGGAGGAGAAGACCUUCGGUCCGUCCGAAGUCUAGCGAGCUGUGCAGGAGUUGGGGUUUCUUUUCUGGCUGGGGGUGGGGGGCUGGGAGAAGGGAUUUUUUUAAUUUUGUUUUGUUUUUUUAAUGGAAGCAGGAAUGUUAAUUUAGGGUUAAUGAAUUUCCUGAGGCCUUCCUUCCUUCCUGUUAAAUCGACAGCACGUUUUAAACUCCAUUGGGCGGGAGAGGGGGUUUGUCCCUCAUUUCCCCCCUUAAUUCCCCUUUGGCGAAUAUUGCAAAGGCACGUGUGCUCACGAGAGAGAGAUCAGGAGAUCCACCAGCAUCCACAUAUGUUGCCCAAGUCCCAGUCCCUCCUCAGGAGGCUGCCCCUCAUUCCAUCUCGCCAGCUCACAGCCUUCCCGGGAAAAGCCCCCUUUUAAACGUCCCUUUGAGCCGAGAAUUGGUUUCCCGCUGCUUGAGACGCCCGUUCUUUUCUGCAGCCGCCGCUCUCUUCUCGCAGCACCUUCCCUGGCGCGUACGGAGAUUUCCCCUCUUAGUCAAGUUGGACCGUGAUGCAGAGCUCCCCUUGGGACUUCACCUCUUGCACCUGCCAUAUUUGCAGCCCCUGGGGCUGCGGGGUCACACUGGCAUUUUUACCUCCUUGAAACAAGGCUGAGGCUAAUUCCCAGCUUGCCCCAGACACCUCGCCCAGCCUUCCCGCAGAGUUUCUUCUGCCGCUAAGUUCAAGCUGUUUCCCUUCUCUUUCCCAGACUUCCUCCUGCUCCCUUUUGGGUUCCAGGUGUGCGCAGCAGCUGCUUUGCUUAUUUUUAGCUAACUAACCAGGGCAGCUGCCUCUUUCCCUUACUUUAUUUUUAACAUAGAAGGCUGUGACAUUAAAUUUGUCAAUCGACUGCAAAUCCUGCGCGCUCCUUCCUUCCCUGUUGUCCUAUUCGGCUGAGCCUCUGUGUCAAAAAGGAUCUGGGGAGCCUUAAGCUAUCUGGUGAUCCUGUCGUGCUUAAGAGCCGCGUCGCCAAAAGAGGGGAAGGGUGUGUUGGGGACUGGGUGGGAUAUCGGGGCAGUUGAGAUGCGUCCACAAACUACCUGGCACCUGGUGUUCAGAAUCAGCCGUCCUGAUCAGGUGACUGAAAGCUGGUCUGCCUCCAGGGAACGAGCACUCCGGUCAGCUCAGGGCUAUGCUGUUUCUCCCUGACUCGGAGCACCUCCGUAGAAAAAGGGGGCCUUGGUGAGCGGGCUCUCUCCCCAUCUAGGGCAAAAGGGCCUCGGAGGAUCCCUUGUCCUGCAACGAGACUGUGAAAAACUUUGGGGUUCGGUGAAACCGUUUUAAGUCCAGCUCAUACAAACAGAAGCUGAGCUGGUCUAUUUGGAGUUGCACCGCUUUGUGCUACGGGGGAAUGGCUGAAUGUAUCCAUGGUGUGUGUGUGGCGGGGUGGGGAGGGUUCCCUUGCUCGUAGAAAACAUUUAAGUUGGGAAGAAGGCCAGAGUGAAGCCAGUCUUGCUAGGGGUUCCUUUUUAAAUGUUUAAGGAAUUUGUUUUGCAUUCAGUCCAGUAACCCCCCCCCCCCAACUCCAUAGUCGGAAAUGGUACAGUCCGGAAGGUUCCCUCUGAAAAUUAAAAAAGAGGCUACGGAGAUGAAAAGCGACGCUUCCAAGAUGUAGUCCCACCCAGCCCUCGAGGCAUCCAGGUUGGCUCGUGGCUAGAAAUGGCUGCACCGUGAGCGCGCUCUUCUUGGCAUCCCUCCCACUUGAAGCGGUUCCAAGCAGUCCAGUCUGGGGGCUCAGCAAGUGAAGGGUUCCAGACCUCCAAUCCGAGAGAAUCCCCUCCCCAUUCGUCUCCUUCCUCCCAUCACCAUGUCCGGCUCAGCUGGCGAGUUACUGUUAUGCAAAAUGUUUUUCUACCACGUGGCAGCCUCUUUCUCCCCCUCCCCUUUUUUGGGUUUUGUUUCCUCCUCCCUCUCCUCUCCUUCCGAGCUCCCCCUACCCUCCAGCUCUCACUUCUCCCAUGCCGUUCGUCGCCCUCCCUAGUUGCAGAGGCUCUAGCUAGCAGAUCAAAAAACAGAUGUAAAUUUAUCCGUGGCAAAUCUGUGCCCUCCUUUGCCGCCGCCGCCGCCACCACCAUCGUAAUUCAGGUUUGGUUUUGUUUUGUUUCCCUUUUUUUGUAAGUCUGCUUUUAAGUGUCCCUCUAGAUCCCAUCGUUUGACAAUUUGAUGUCAUCACAUUCCGCCUGAAAUAAACAAAAAAUUUCUGUAA